GCUUUCAUGAAUUUUAUCUUAAAUCUAAACAUAGACUCAUAGAGUAACACAAAUUUAAGAUUUUCUCUGUAAUGGAAGACAGGAAUGAAUCAAAGGUGAAUGAGGCAAUGAGCACACCAAAUUCUUGCAUGAAAAGGCUCCAAGGCAAAGUUGUGAUAGUCACUGGCGGUGCUAGCGGCAUCGGUGAAGCGACAGCUCGGCUUUUUGCUGAUCACGGCACACGAGCCGUCGUCAUCGCCGACAUCCAGGACGAGAAGGGCGUCGCCGUGGCGGAGGCCAUCGGCCUCGACAAGUGCAGUUUCGUAAAGUGCGACAUUAGCGACGAGGAGCAAGUGAAGGCCAUGGUAGAUUGGACGGUCCAAAAGUACGGCCGGCUAGACGUCAUGUUCAGCAACGCCGGCACGCCGUGCCGCUCCGCCCAGAAGGUCCUCGACCUCGACUUCUCCGACUUCGACCGGGUUUUCCGCAUCAACGUGCGAGGCAUGGCGGUUUGCGUCAAGCACGCGGCGCGUGCGAUGGUGGAGGGGCGCGUGAGGGGGAACAUCAUCUGCACGGCCAGCGCGGCUGCCACGCGCGGAUGCAUGCGGCUGACGGACUACGUCAUGUCGAAGCACGCCGUUCUUGGGCUGGUCCGGGCGGCGAGCCAGCAACUGGGGGCCCACGGGAUCAGGGUCAACUCUGUGUCGCCGGGGGCGAUUCCAACUCCGAUGAUUUCUGCCAAUCUUGAAGAGGCUUCGAGCUACGUGGAAAAAAAUUAUGGACCGCUGACCACCUUGAAAGGAAUAACGUCAGACGUGAAGCACGUGGCUAACGCCGUCCUGUUUCUGGCUUCCGACGACUCGACGUUUAUCACCGGCCAUGAUUUGCCGGUGGACGGUGGUCUGAUUUCUCUAGCGAACCCGCAGUAGUUGAGAUAACCAUUUCUUGUUCUAUACAAGUAAGUGAAUGGCCUAAAAAUAAUGAUUCUAUUUUUCUAAAAACUAUGCAUGCAAUGCAUGGGUUCUUUAAUUUGUUUAGUUUUGAUUUUAAUAAACUAAAGAGGGAAGACCCAACACCUCUUAUAACUAUGCUGCGGCUGCAGCUAUUCUUGUUGUGUUUGAAUUUGGACUUAAUAUUUGAUUUGAAUCUGAUCUAGAAUAUUAUUGUGAAAGAUUUAUGA